AUUGCACCACACCAAAAAUCUACAUUUACUUCUCCUCAAAAAGAAAAGAAAAGUUCUCCAUUUACUCUUUCUUGAUUCUCUUACUUCACUCAAAACGCACGAAAACAAGAAAACAGACAGGUCUGUUCAUAAUAUUGAUGGCCCACUUUUCUUCAUCUGGCAGAUCUAACUGAUGAUGACUCACUUGUUGCUUAAAAUCUUGAAAUAUAUAAAUCUCUUACAAAUCUCACUCCUCUCUUCUUCAACUAUAAUGGCAACAAUUAACAAACCCUUAAGGCCAAAACCAAAACUCAGUUCCCCAAUUCUCACUACCGUCAUAUGCAUCUCUUCCAUUGCUUUGUUAUUCCUUUUUUCUUCUCUUAUUUCCACAAAUGGCUUCUCUUUCUCCUCUCCAAAUACCCAUAACAUAAUAGUAGACAUCAUCAGACCCACCAAACCCACAAGACCACACUCUUUACACGACAAGUACUUGUAUUGGGGCAAUAGAAUUGAUUGCCCUGGCAAGCAUUGUGACUCUUGUGAGGGUCUGGGUCAUCAGGAGUCUAGCCUCCGGUGCGCUCUUGAAGAAGCCAUUUUCUUGAAUAGGACGUUUGUGAUGCCUUCUGCAAUGUGUAUUAAUCCCAUACACAAUAAGAAGGGGAUCCUUCAUCAUUCUAGCAACUCAAGUGCGGAGGAAAGGUGGGCUGCAAACUCUUGUGCGAUGGACUCUUUGUAUGACAUUGACCUCAUAUCUGAAACUAUACCUGUAAUUUUGGACAAUUCAAAAAUUUGGUAUCAGGUGCUAUCAACAAGCAUGAAGUUGGGAGAUAGAGGAAUUGCCCAUGUUGAAGGAGUUAGUCGGGUUGAUCUUAAAGAGAACAGUGGCUACUCGAAUCUCUUGCUCAUAAAUCGAACAGCAAGCCCUCUUUCAUGGUUCAUGGAGUGCAAGGAUCGAAACAAUCGUAGUGCUAUAUUGUUGCCAUAUUCAUUUCUUCCUUCCAUGGCUGCAGAGAAAUUAAGAGAUGCAGCAGACAAGAUUAAGACACUCCUUGGUGAUUAUGAUGCUAUCCAUGUUCGUCGUGGUGAUAAAAUAAAAACUAGGAAGGACAGGUUUGGUGUUGCACGAAGCCUACAUCCUCAUCUGGACAGGGAUACACGCCCAGAUUUUAUGCUCCUCAGGAUUGAAAAGUGGGUGCCACCAGGACGAACUCUUUUUAUUGCUUCAAAUGAGAAGACACCAGGAUUUUUCUCUCCUCUCUCUGUUAGAUAUAAACUGGCAUAUUCGUUGAACUAUAGCUGGAUAUUGGAUCCCUUGAUUGAGAACAAUUACCAACUAUUUAUGAUCGAGAGGCUUAUAAUGAUGGGUGCCAGAACAUUCAUUAGAACAUUCAAGGAAGAUGAUACAGAUCUCAGUCUUACUGAUGACCCAAAGAAGAAUACCAAAAAAUGGCAAAUACCUGUAUAUACAAUGGAUGAAGUGGGAACUUGAUGGCAAUGCAGCCCACUACUCUUACUUUCACUUUACUCCAAUGUGUAUCCCACUGCUACCUGCAGAAAUGUUGCAUACUAUACUUGCCUAUCCGAUCAUUCUUCCAUGUAAUGGUUUGAGAACGCACUUCGUUUGUAGAUCAGAAUCUUGUAGCUUCAUCAGGGGAAUCGGUGUCAUGAGGGAGGUGCCAAUUAGCCUAUGUAAAUUGCAAUAUUGAAGGUACGGCUCUGUAUGUUUCUAGUGUAUGUACUGCACUGCAGAGAUUUAAUAGAGAAAAGAGAUGCACCUCUCUCUCUAACUUGUUUGUGAGUAACCAUUAUUUCUGUAGAUGAUUUUUCAUUUAUUUUUUAAGAUUACCAAUUUUCCUUUCAUUUAAUGAAGUUUAUGGUUGCAUUUUCUGA